AUGUCUAUUCAGGAGGAUAGAGCGAAGUGGAAGAAGGAAGAUACGGAAACUUCAGUGGAUAACUUUUCGUGCACGAAUUGCAACAAUGAAUCUUAUUACAAUAAUAACUAUUCUUAUCCGGACGAACUUAUUUGUAUUUUUCAUACGGAUGAAGACAUUGCCUCCGGUGUUUUUAAAAUAUUUGUAUACGUGAUGUAUAUAGCAGUGUUUGUGGCGGCAUUGUUAGGGAACGGUUUAGUGUGCUCAGUAGUGCACACCACGCCGCGAAUGAAGACAGUGACGAACUACUUUAUAGUGAACUUAGCGGUGGGAGACAUUUUAAUGACAUUGUUCUGUGUGCCGUUUUCGUUUGUGUCCAUGUUAUUGUUACGGUACUGGCCGUUUGGUGCGUUUAUGUGCAAAGCGGUGAACUUUUCGCAGGCGGUGUCAGUGCUUGUCAGUGCGUAUACUUUACUCGCGAUAUCGAUAGAUCGGUAUAUAAUUAUAAUGCACCCACUGAAGCCGCGGCUGGGCAAGACGGCAGCUAAGUUCGUGGUGUUCGCUGUGUAUUGGGCGUUCAUUACAGCGGCGCCAAUACCAAUUGUAUCAACACUGCAGAGGCCUUCACUAUGGCACCGAGCAUGUGAAGUUGACAUUUGUGGUGAGCAAUGGUCGAGUCCGGAGAAGAGCCGGCAGUACACAUACGCGCUGUUGGUGCUUCAGUUCGUGCUGCCGCUGAGCGCGCUAAUAUGCACGUACGCGCGCAUUGCGCAUACUGUGUGGGAGGCCGGCCGCCCGGGAGGCGCAGGACGCGCGAGAUUCGCGCAUGCAACAUUCAAACGAAAGAUGAUCAAAAUGAUGUUGACAGUGGUCACUGUGUUCACGAUGAGUUGGCUGCCCCUUAACAUUUUUAUAGUGCUAUGGACGGUCCACGAAGACGAUGACGAAUGGAGCAUGUGGCCUGGCAUGCCAUACUUGUGGUUCGCAUGCCACUGGCUGGCGAUGUCCCACUCGUGUUACAAUCCCAUGAUCUACUGCUACAUGAACGUACGGUAUCGACGAGGAUUCAAAGAGAUACUCGGUGGGUUGCUGUGUUUGAAGAAAAAGGAUUCCGGCAGGCCGUAUCAGCGCUCAAGUAUUUGUGAAGGCAUACCUUUGUCGGAAUUUAUGGGUGGGCACGGUACCGGGGCGUCUAACCGCCGUAGUGCGUCGGUGUGCAAGUGGCAGGCGUCUAAAAGUGCAGGUGUGUCGAAUGGCGGCAAAAGUACCAACUGCACGUCGCGACUUCAACCCCGGUCGUCUGGAAAUUCCUCAACGGCUCCGGUCGGCGCCAUGUCUAUACGCUCACAAUUCUUCUAAGAAUGUUUAGAUAUGACAUCUGAAAAUUUUACUUUCCUAAGUUUUACGGACGAGAAUCUCAACUUUUUACAUCCGAAUAGGCUGCCAAUUGUGGGAAUAUGUAACUACUAGCUGGUGCCCGCGACUUCGUCUGCGCAGGUUUAGUAUUUCGAACAAUAUGUUUACAAAUUGUAGCCUAUGUGUUAUUCUGAUGUAUAAGCUAUAUUAUUGUAAAGUUUCAUUAAAAUCCAUUCAGUAGUUUUUGCGUGAAAGAGUAACAAACAUCCAUACAUCCAUACAUCCAUACAUACAAACUUUCGCGUUUAUAAUAUUAGUAGGAUAACAAUAGUUAUAAAUUGUCAACAAAGAAUAAAUGUGACAACAACAUUUCAAAUUCAAAUUGAGCUUUAUUUUUAUACCCGACAUAGUACAAUGUACCUUUACUGACCAUUGCUACUAUACCACUGUCGUUGAAGGCCUGAAUUUGAUUCUCCUGGAUUGCAUUCGGCAUUUUGUAAGUACAUUGAUAUUUUGCAUUUGUUUCUUAUGAGUUCUCCGCUUUGAUGCUACCUGGACCUUAGGCUCUGGAACUGCCGCGCCAUUGCACUGAGACCGAAAGUCCAAGUCAAAGGAUAUCAGUUUUAUUAUUAUAACAUUAAUAAUCAAUUCAAAGUCAUACAUGUAUUGUCAUGUAAUAGCUCGGGUAAAGUAUACUAGGUAAAUGUGUAGAAAAAUCUUAGCGUUUGAUAGAAAUUCUUCGUACUUGGUCAUCUGGUAUGACGGAGGUAGAAAUAUCCGUCAAGACUUUGUAAUAUCCGGCAGUCCCGUAGUAAAAAGGGACACCUAGAUGUCGGACAUUAAAAACUAAGUUACCGGCGACACAUUAUAUUGCUCCAGGGUUUUUAAAAAGAAAAUACAAAAUCUUGUAGUUAUUUGAACACCUAUAUUU